AUUCUAAAUAUAUUGGCAACAGUAUUGAUUGAUUACGUUGUUGUUUACCUUUUUCUCUGUUUUUGUGUUCUGCUGCUGUUGAAAGAACUGAAAAAAAGAGAGAGAAACCUGGCCAUUCCAGUAUGAUACGAACUCUUCAGUCUUCUAAAUUUUAUUAAAAAUGUACUACACAGUUAUACUUUAUCUAAGUCAAAUCAACUGUGCUUAUCGAAUUCUAAAUGAUAAUCGAUUUGAUUGAGCUGUUCUUUAUUACAGUCUGACUUUUUAACAUAAUUAAGUAGCUUUAUAAAAAUUUUGUUAUCAAAUGGAAAAGUUUAAGAAAAGAAUAAAAGGAGAAGAUUCAACUGGUAAACAUUCUUCUUCAACUUCAACAAAAGAUGCUGAAGAUUAUAAUCACUCAAAAAAGUUAAUAUCCAAAUCUUCAAGAGAAAAGGAGCCAGUAAAAAGUACUAUAUCAAAUGAAGAAAGAGUAUUUUUUGAAAACAGCAAUGCUUAUUUCCCUUGGUUUGAGUACAGAAGCACAUUAAAUAAAAUAUUUUUUGACUAUAAAGGAAAAAUUAAAAGAAAUACACCUGAGUAUGAUGAGUUUUGGUUAUUUCUAAAGAAAUAUCAAAAAGUUCAACAGAAGGCCUUAUCUAAAAAGGAACAGUCUGGCUCAUCAAGCAGCCACUCUUCACACAAAAAUUCAACUUUUUCUCUUACUUUGGCUGAACUGAAUAACAUGAUGAUGAAAGGACACAUAUUUAAUGAUGAUAAAGAAUCUGCUCUGAAUGAAGAACUUUUGGUAGAGUUUGCUUACAUUAUUGAGCUCUAUUUAAACUGCCAAAAGAAGCAACAAGAAGCUAAAAUUCUAAAGCUGCAUGAGGCUCAAGAAAAUUUACCGAUUAGUAAAUAUCGUAAUGACAUUUUAAAGGCUGUAGAAAGUAAUCAAGUGGUAUUAAUAGCUGGUGAUACUGGUUGUGGUAAAUCAACUCAAGUGCCACAAUAUCUGAUGGCUGCAGGAUACGAAAGUAUUGCUUGCACUCAACCUCGUAGAAUUGCUUGCAUUUCUUUGUGUAAACGAGUUUCUUAUGAAACUUUAAAUGAAUAUGGAUCAUUAGUGGGUUAUCAGAUUCGUUUUGAAAAAAGUAAAACUGCUCACACUAAAAUAUUGUUCUUAACUGAAGGCCUCUUGUUGAGGCAAGUAUCAUCUGAUCCAAUGUUAUCUGCUUAUAAAGUGGUCAUUUUGGAUGAAGUUCAUGAGAGACAUAUAUCAUGUGAUUAUUUGCUAGGUAUAAUGAAAUGUUUGACAAUUCAGAGACCAGACUUAAAAAUAUUGCUGAUGUCUGCUACAAUCAACAUUGAGCUAUUUUCAGAAUAUUUUCAAAAUUGCCCUGUGAUACAAGUACCUGGUAGAUUAUUUCCUAUAGAACUGAAGUAUUACCCAAUUCCUACUGAGGAACAAAAAUCUGUUUCUGGUAAACUGAACCCUGGUCCUUAUAUUCGAAUACUGAAUCUCAUUGAUCAAAAGUACCCAGAAGAUGAAAGGGGAGAUGUUCUCAUAUUUUUGAGUGGUAUGACAGAGAUAUCAAUUGUAGAAGAAGCAUCAAGAGCAUAUGCUGAAAAGAGUAACAAAUGGAUCAUAUUGCCAUUGCAUAGUUCUUUGUCUCUGGAAGAUCAAGAUAAGGUGUUUGACAUUGCUCCAGAUGGAGUGCGGAAAUGUAUAAUCUCUACUAAUAUUGCUGAAACAUCAGUAACUAUUGAUGGAGUCAGAUUUGUUGUUGAUUCUGGAAAAGUAAAAGAAAUGAGCUACCAUCCUAUUUGCCACAUGCAGAAGCUACAGGAAUUUUGGAUUAGCAAAGCUAGUGCUGAACAACGCAAAGGACGUGCUGGUAGAACUGGUCCUGGAGUUUGUUUUCGAAUGUACUCCCUGAAAGAGUAUGAUGGCUUAUGUGCUUAUACAAAACCAGAGAUUCAAAGAGUACCAUUGGAUUCUUUGUUACUUCAACUGCUUUCAAUGGGUUUACCUGAUGCACGCAAGUUUCCUUUUCUUGAAGCACCUGAUAUGGUCAGCAUUGAAGAAUCACUGCAAAAUCUUAAAAACCAGGGUGCUCUAACUGAAGAUGAAGAGUUAACAGCUAUGGGUCAAAUGCUUGCCAAUUUACCGGUUGAUGUAACUAUAGGGAAAAUGCUGAUACAUGGAUGCUUAUUUUCAGUUAUUGAACCAAUGUUGUCAUUGGCUGCAGCUUUGAGUGUACAGACUCCUUUUACUAAUCGUUCUAAUAGAGAUCCUGACAUAAAAGUUGCAAGGCAAUCGAUAGAAUCAGAUCACGGGGACCCAUUUACUCUGCUUAAUGCAUAUCACAAAUGGCUCGAAGUUAAAGCUCAACGUCAUAGCAACUCUCGUAAGUGGUGUCGCCAAAAAGGGCUAGAGGAACAAAGAUUUUAUGAAAUGACAAAACUCAGGCGCCAAUUUAGAGACCUACUAAAGGAUAAUAAAUUGCUUUCUGAUAGUCAUUUUCAUACUAGUAGUCGUGAGCGUUCAGCAAGGCACAGUGAGCUUUCACAUUUAAGGGAUAUGAAGAGACAAUAUCACCAAGCUCCUCGUAAGAGAAAAAUAUUAAAACUUGAUAGUGAUGUUUAUACAAAUGAAGAUCGUGAUGAGGAAGAUGGUACUAUUAAUAUUCAUGAUGUCGAUUUUUGGAUAUCAAAUAAUAGCUGGCAAGUACAGAUGUUAUCAUCUAAAAGUCAAGUAUCUUCUUAUCGUGAUAUGAUGUGCUUAAAGUUUAUAGUUUGCAGUGCUUUGUACCCACGUAUAGCACUUUCUGAUGUACAUAAUUCUCAGAAAUCCUCUGGUGAACUGCAUUUUCAUACAAAGGGAAAACCAUUUGUAGUACUUCAUCCUAAUGGUAGUUUAGCUUUACAAUCAGAUUUAUUGCAAUUGAAAGAGACAGAUAUAGUUGAAUUAAAGCAUGUUAGGUCUGCUACUCAUAUGAGUAAAAAUCAUCAACUACUUUAUUUUUUGUCUUUACUUGAAACAACAAAACCAUUUUUAGUUAACUGCUUGCGGGCACCAUCAGCUCAUACUUUGCUUCUUUUGUCACACUCACUUGACACAAACCAAGAUUUUACAAGAAUCGUGUGUGAUGGUUGGAUUGAACUAAAAUUUCAUGAAACAGAACCCAUUCAAGAUUUUGUAAGUCAAGCCUUUGAAAUUAGAGAUGCCUGGCAACGCUUAUUGCAAAAAGCCUUUGAAGAGUACAGAAUGGACCAAGAAGCCAAAAGUGAUGAAAUUCAAAAAAUGGGCAAGAAACUAUAUGAGUUGAUUUCUAUAUUUUUCCACUCUGAAAUAAUCCAUGCAGUUCGAAGGCUUCUUGCAGCUGACAUUAAGAAACUAUAUGUUGGACCACAAGAAGGAAAUGUUGCAGUUUCUGUUGGCUUAUUGGAAGAAGCUCAAAAUGCAUCUGAACAUCCAGUUAAAGGAGGAUUGCAAAUAAAGCAAUAUUUAACUUAUAACUGCUUGAUAGAUUCAGAUGGCCAUUUACAGUAUAUUCAAAAGCAUUGGACUUGUUCUUUAUGUGGGAAAGAAAUGGUUGCAACUGUUUUGGAUCAAAUUCGUCACAAAGAAAUAUGCAAAGAACAAAAAAUGGAGGAUAAAAAACCUGAUACUACUGACAAUGAAAAUCCAUUUAAGAAGCCAUAUUUUUGUCCUACUUGUCAAGAAGAACUAUUUUUAACGAUUCCUGAAAUUCUUAGACACAAAAGAAGUCACACAUAAUUCUUUCCAAACAAAUUAUGUAUCAACAAUGACUGGUUUGUCAAUCACAAGUAAUGGGGAAAUAUUUAAGAAUGUUACAUAUUAAUUAUUCAAAGCUGUGAUAUUUUUGUUUUCAUUUGUAUUUUAUCAUUAAAUUGUUAUAAAUAAUCAUAA